GCUCCCACGAUCUCUCUUUAAAUAGGAGGCGGUGGCGAACGGAGCUGCGUCUUCUUCGUCUCCCUCAGUGCGAGUCCUCCUCCAUUGGGUUCUCUCGACUCCUCUUCUUCGCUUAAAGGGUCGAGUAACCUUCUGGAGUUGCUUGCACUCUUAACCGUGAACAAUCAAAUAUCUUAACCUUCAUCUCAUUUGAUGAGUGAACAGAAUGAGAUGAGCGAACAGUCGACAGAGAGGGGUGUCGUCUCGGUCACCCGUGAGGUUACUCAUAAACCUAAAGGAGGGGCAAGAAGGAAUUCAACUGGAGCCACAAUUUCAAGGAGUUUGGAUCAUCGUUCAAAUAAUGAUGGGAAAGUUCUAUCUCGAUACCUUAGAGCUUCUGCAAGCUCUUGCCACGAUUUUUGCAAAUAUGGAAAGAGAUAUUCUUUCGAAGAAGAAGAAAAGAAUUCAAUUCCACACAGAAAAGGAAAAAAUGUUCUCGUGGAUAGAGAACAUCAUCAGGCCAAUGUUAGAAAUCUUGAAGAGAGAAGGAAGAAUCCAGUGAUUAAGUCGAAGCCUUCAUCGCCACUAAACACUAAAAUUUCUAAUACUUCUAAAGGAAAUGGAUUUGUUGAGCGGUCAGCUAAAAUUGAGAUAGAAACGACAUCGCCCGCUUGGAAAGAUAUCACUUCCUAUGAGGUUGAAGUUCCUCUGCCAUCUGCACGACCUGAGAAGCUCUUCGGCAAAAGCUCAAAUUCAGGUGACAGAAGUAAGAAGCAGGUGAUCAAUUUGAAGAAUUCCAUCCAUCGGAAAAGCUCCUAUGAGGGGCCCAAAGUUGAGAAGAAGGAUUUCUCAUCUAGUAUUCAAAUGCAUGAAGAGAAGCCCAUUAUAUUAAAAAGAAGUACAAUGCCAUCCAUAAAGAAGUCGAUAACUUCUCUUAAGCCAAAGUCGGUGAAGCAAACUUCAAUGGAGAAACCUAUUACAGCUACUAAACCAAAAGUCGUCAAACCACCAUCAUUGGACAGGCAGAAGCCUGCCACAUCUGCUAAGCUGAAAAGUAUCAAGCAAGGAGCUUCGCUGAGUCAUAAAGAUAUUGAUUUGUCUGCUAAAUCUGCAGUUUCUUCGAUGGAUCAGGCUGCUCCAAAUGAAAAGCCCUCAUCUCUGCAAACUCCUUCAAGAAACACUUUGGUUCUAGGAAGUGAGGAGGGAAAAAUAAGGAGUCCUAGCUCGAAGGAUGAAAGAGAGAAGAGUGUGGUUGAACCGUUCACAGCUUCAUCAGCUGAGCCUGCUAGUGAAAAUCCAAUGAGCUUUGAUUCAGUGAAAUGCUCUAGUCAAGACAGCACUAAUCCUUUGGAGAGUCUGGAAAGGGUAGAAAUAGCUACACAUGAUGGUGAUGAUAUUGGUGAGGAGAAAACAUUGUAUGUCAUUGAGCCAGAAACUGCAAAUAUUAAUUUAGACUCCUUUGAGAAGAAAUCUGAUGAUCAUGAGCCAGAAGGUGCACAUAUUGAUUUGGAUUCCUUCGAGAAGGAAUCUCACAAUUACGAGCUAAAAACGGCAAAUAUCUGUUUGGAUUCCUUUGAGAAGGAAUCUCACGAUUAUGAGCCAGAAACCAUAAAUGUCAAUUUGGAUUCCUUUGGUAAGAAAUCUCAUGAUUAUGAGCUGGAAACCACACAUAUUGGUUUGGAUUCCUUUGAGAAGGAAUCCCAGGAUAAUGUGCCAGAAACCGCAUAUGCCGAUUUGGAUUCCUUUGAGAAGAAUGUGCCAGAAACCGCAUAUGCCGAUUUGGAUUCCUUUGAGAAGAAAUCACAUGAUGACAAUUCAGAAACCACACAUAUGAAUAGCGAUUUGGAUUUCUUUGAGAGGGAAUCUCGCAAUGAGGAGCCAGAAGCCCCAGAUGUCAAAUUUGUUUCCGUUGAGAAGAAAUCUCAUAAUGAUGAAUCAUCUCAACCACCUUCGCCCAAUGAAGAAACUUUUGAAGAAACUGAAUCUACUAUAAGCGAAUCAGGUGAAUCGGACUUUGAAAAUGAUGGAAGAGAAAUUAUUGAGAACCAUGAAUCAUUGAAGGUCGAAGGUAACAGACUGGGACAAAUUGCAGCUUCACUACCAGAAAAUAACGACCCAAAACCUCACAAGUUGAAAUUCAGGAGAGGUAAAGUGAUUGAAAUUUCAGCUGAUUAUAACAAUGGGCCGAAGAGGCUGCAAUUUAGAAGAGAGAGAGUGGUGGGCGAAAACCUGAGCCACAAUGGCCAACUUGGAAGAUCACCUAGAAGGAGAAGCGCAAUUCGCAGCGCAGUCUCUAGUGAUCCAAGUAUAGAUGCUCCAGUUGUCAUGCUGAGGCAUCAAGACAGGCAAGAAAAGAAAGACACACAAGGACUUUUCAAUAAUGUGAUUGAAGAAACUGCGAGCAAGCUUGUUGAGAGUAGGAAGAGUAAGGUGAAAGCUUUGGUAGGUGCUUUCGAAACUGUGAUUUCUCUUCAGGAUGGCAAACCAGUAUCAACAGCCUAAACUAGUAAUGGAACUACAAUGACUGUACUGUUCAUGUGUCUAAUAACUCAUGAGUCAUGAUAAAAGUAUUAUCAUAAUAACAUUUGAGUGUAUUUUCAUAAUAACAUUUGAGUGUGUUUUUAAGUUUAGUAGGAAGGCUUCUGUAUAUUUGUAAAUGGAGAGACGUGUUUGAGAAACUAUAAAAUAAGAAGUAGAAGAUCUGAAUAACUAUGUAAACAGAGUAUGUUUGCCAAAAGGAAACUUGGAUUGAGACGGAUUAAAGUGUGUGUCAAUAUCUGAUAACAAUGUAAACACAGUAUGUCUGGAAUAGUAACUUGGAUGCAAGGUUUAAAGUGUGUUUUGUUGA